AUGUGGAGAGUAGUAGUUGCCCUCACAUUCCUUCUUUCGGCUCUAGCCGUUCCUUCUGUCGACAGUAAAGUCUCGCACCGAGAUGUCGCUAAAAACGUCGUUCGAAUUGGUGAUUAUUGUUCUGGAGUGCUGCUGUCCGAUCGUGUUGUUCUAACUGCCGCUCACUGCAUAGGGCCAUAGUACGUAAGGACAUGCAUUCCGAGGUUUUUUGCCGCCACCCAUCGGUCCCGAUUUUCGCCCAAAAUGGCAACAGGGCUAUGCGCCUCGACUGAUAACUAGCUAGCCCAAAAAUAAUUAAAAAAAAAAUAAUAAUAAAUUUUAGCGCACAUGACGUUACUAUAAAGGUUGGCAAUAAAACCAGUCGUGUUGCUCGAAUUUUCAUUAACAAGAUUUUUGCCAAAACGGUAGGUUCACUAUGAUCUUAAACCCGCGCUCCUAGCAUUUCAUAAAGUUCGUGGACUUUUGCGUUGUGUGCCGCGUAGCGCAAGAAAAAUAUCAUCUUGCACAGUGCAAAAGUCUACGCACUUUAUGAAAACUCAUUAUAGAGAUCAUGUCACGAUUCGGCGUUCAUUAUCCUCAAAGAGCCUAUCAUCACGGAUCAGCAGCUGUACCUGGCCUGUGGGACCCAGUGGUUGUCUAAUUGCACUGCCUUCGGCUAUGGGCGUACUGAAAGUAAUUUGACUUCAAUGCGAGACAGUGGGGGACCUGAUCCAGUGGCAAAAAACGUUUUUGCAUCCGGGAAGUAUCAAAAAUGUGGCAAAAUGCUUCCCUCUUUAAGUAAAAAAACUAUAAUUUCAAAACCGCCCCCACUCUUUUUGUGAGGGAAAGGGCGCGCCCUUCAAAACGAAGUUUUUUCACAUGAAGAAGGAAUCAUUUCGCCACUUUUUUGAUGCUUCCUGGAUACAAAUGUUACAUUUUUUGCGACUGGAUCAGAGCCCUCACAGUACAUUUCUUUAGACAAGCCGAUGUCUGAUGAAGUCCGCGAAGUGGGUUAUUUCAACGUGAGCAUUGGGAGGCAAGCAUCGUGCUUCACCGCAACCUACUCAUCAAAGGCCAAAAUUUGUGGUGUAGGCUUUUUAUCACUUAUCACGUGUCAUUUGCCUAGCAUCCAUAUAAGGAUGUGGAUGUUUAAGGAGAUGAAUGUUAGGCUAGCUAUGCCCCCUAUUUACAGGGAGAUUCGGGUGGCCCAACCAUCUGUAACGCUGAUGACAAGUCUGUGGUAAUCGGAGUGGACACAAACUUUAUUGCAUACGAAGAAAAAGACCCUGUCAAGCAGUGCCGAUCGUCGUGGGGUGCUAUAAUUACCAACUCUCUGGGAGUAGUCGAGCUGGUAAACCAGCUGGAAGAGGAGGACAAGGAUUACAUCUUGAGUCAAAUCAAGACCCUGGGCUGUGAGGCACAAGUGGUCUAG